AUAUCAUCAGCAGUACCUAAGGGUAGGCACGUAGAGUUCGCUACGUUUCUCACUUGCGAAUAUGAUGAGGUUCGGGGCUGGUUGUUAUGGACAAUGAGGCCGAUAAAAUAGCCAGCCUUGUGCUUGAGCAAUUCGACCGGCUGCCUGGCAAGCGUAAGCCCGCGAUUCGUGACAACGGCCUUCAUGAAUGGGUCCCCCUGUGCGGGAUCGUAGCCCAAGGCCCCAAAAUAUUCGAGUGUUUAUCGCAGGCAACCGGAAUGAAGUGCCUGCCGUGUGCAAAGAUCCCUCAAGCAAAUGGAGUUGUCGUCCAUGAUUGGCAUGCGGAGAUCCUUUCACUUCGAGCCUUCAACCAGUUCCUUCUCGGGGAAUGUCGAAGCCUUGCAGCCGGACUACCAUCCCAUUACCUACGCUGGAGAGACGACCAGGAACGGUGUGGCGAAGAAGAAGGUUGGAAUGGCCAGCCGUUUGCGUGGAGGGACGACGUGACCCUUCACAUGUACUGUUCAGAAGCCCCGUGUGGAGAUGCUAGCAUGGAACUCACAAUGGCCGCUCAAGAGGAUGCUUCGCCCUGGGAUAUACCACCAGCUGCGGCUGGAUCCCCUUCUGAAGAAUCCGCAGGAGUAUCGCUACCAGGACGGGGAUUCUUCUCGCAACUCGGCGUCGUUCGUCGGAAGCCAGCCCGGGGCGACGCCCCACCCACCCUCUCAAAGUCGUGCUCGGACAAGCUGGCGCUCAAGCAAUGCACGUCCCUGCUCUCAUCCAUCACGUCGUUGCUCGUCCACCCGGACAACGUGUACCUCCGCUCCCUCGUCAUCCCGGAAUCCCAGUACUCGGCCACCGCCUGCGACCGGUCCUUUUCGGCCGGGGGCCGCAUGCGGGGCCUGGCGGGCAAGUGUUGGCCGGGGGGCUACUCCUUCCUGCCGUUCGAGGUCCAGACCACGACGAGGGAGUUUCGCUUUUCGAGCCGCGAGGUGGCGGCCCGGUCGGGCCGCCCCACGGCGAGCAACCUGGCGGUGGCUUGGUCGAUGCAGGGACUUGAAGAAGGGCUGAUAGGAGGGGCGCUGCAGGGCCGAAAGCAGUUUGAUCGAAAAGGGGCAAGUGCGGUGUCUCGGCGGAGGAUGUGGGAGUACGCUCGGGAAAUAGCCGGCUUCCAGGGCUUGGAGUCCGAGGCGAUAUAUGAGCAACUUGGUGCGACGAGUUACCUGGAGUUAAAAUAUGGGGCCCUCUUGGAAGCUAGGAAGAAGGUCAAGGAAGAUGCGUUUACCGAAGCGCUGAAGGGCUGGACGAGGAACCAGGGUGACGAGAGUUUCGGCUUAUGUGAAGGAAGAUGAUUGUAUGUCAAAGCCCUCGCAAUAACAGUCGGGCAAAGGUUCGUCUGUCGGAAGUUUGACAUGUCACAUGAUUCAUCUGCGACGAGGGAAAUACUGGGAGGUCUUGGGAACGUUGUUUUGGCCGUCUGGAUCAAGACAUCCAGGGGUGUUCCUAUUCCUGGCCAAGAUUUGGUGGCCUUUAUGCAACCAUUACCAAAGACGCCGCCUACCAUACAGAAACCACGUCGUUCCUUUCUUGGUCGGGCAAGGGGAAUGCCUUCCUUGAAGCCCAUUCAUGACCUUUCCUGGUAGCCCAAUG